GCUCCUCUCUGGAUAUUGCUUAGAGAGAUGGUCUCAUACCAGGAAAAGAGUAUUCUGACACUUUUCGCCUUGCUCUCUUUAUUAAUCAUAGAGUGCUUCAGUAGUUAUGACAUUCCAGAGGAAUGGAUGCUCCUACAUGUUGUUCAGGGACAAGUAGGAGCAGGAAACUACAGCUAUCUCAGACUUAACCAUGAAGGAAGAAUUAUACUUGAGAUGCAGAGCUUGAGAGGUGAUGCAGAUAUGUACGUCUCCGAUGCAACCCUUAACCCCAGUUUUGACGAGUACGAGCUGCACUCCAUGACCUGUGGCCAGGAUGUUGUAGUUGUGCCAGACUACUUCAAGCGCCCUGUGGGGAUUGGAAUCUAUGGCCAUCCUUUUUAUAAGGAGAGUGAAUUUGAAAUCAAAGUAUACUAUGACCCAACAAUACACGAUGACCCUUUUGCUGACGCAUCCUACGACCCAGAAGAGAUGGAGGCAAGCCAUGAAAAGCAACGACAACCCCAACUUGAUGCAACUCAUGAAGAAGAAUCUGUGCUACAGACUAUUCUCAUAGGGAUUCUCAAGAUCAUCCUAGAGAUUCUCUUUUAAGUGUGAUUAUAUUUCUUUACAGUCCAUCAAAACUGAGAUUGUUUUGUAAUUAAAACUGGAAUUUUUCCAUAAAUAAUAAAGGAUAAGGUUCAGGAUGUACCAAUUACAGCAGUUGGCAUGUUUUCCUAUACUGGUACAUUACCAGCUCUAUACUUGGCAACCAGAAGCGAUCAAUAGCCUAGUUGUAGGUAUGUUACCUAUGACUCAAGAAAUUCUCUAGGUAUGAAAGGGCUUUACCAGAAAACAAUGACUCCAUGCUAGCAUCUUCUAAAAUAUACAAUAUUGUAUUAGUUGUCAGAUUCUUUAUGCGAUUGCUGGUUUAUUUGCUUACUCUGGCUAAAAUGAAUAUGUAGUAUUUGUUUUCUCAA